UUUUAUCUAGGUAUGAAAACCAGAUCACUAUUUUGUCAGACUACUUAGAAGAAUUUCCAGAAACCGAUGAGCCAGUGUGGAUUCUGGGAAGGCAACACCACCUAAACACAGACAAAUCUAAGUUAUUGUUGGAUAUAAGUGCUCGUCUCUGGUUUACGUAUAGAAGAAAGUUUUCGCCUAUUGGAGGCACUGGUCCUUCAUCCGAUGCUGGCUGGGGAUGUAUGCUGCGAUGUGGGCAGAUGAUGCUAGCACAAGCACUGAUCUGCAGACAUUUAGGAAGAGAUUGGCAAUGGGAAAAACACAAAAAACAACCAGAAGAAUAUCACAGAAUCUUACGGUGCUUUCUAGAUAGAAAAGAUUGUUGCUAUUCCAUCCACCAAAUGGCACAGAUGGGUGUUGGAGAGGGGAAAUCAAUUGGAGAAUGGUUUGGACCAAAUACAGUUGCUCAAGUCCUGAAGAAGCUUGCUUUAUUUGAUGAAUGGAAUUCAUUAGCAGUUUAUGUAUCUAUGGACAAUACAGUGGUCAUUGAAGAUAUCAAGAAAAUGUGCUGGUCCCCUCCACAGGGCAGCAGCACAGCCCACAGCACUGCACAUCUGCACAGGAGUGCUCUGGGCCGAAACAGGAACACAGCAGGAUUCUGCACAGGCUGGAAGCCCCUCUUGCUUAUCAUACCUCUACGGCUAGGGAUAAAUCACAUAAAUCCAGUAUAUAUUGAUGCAUUUAAAGAAUGCUUUAAGAUGCCACAGUCCUUGGGAGCGUUAGGAGGGAAACCAAAUAAUGCCUAUUAUUUCAUAGGAUUUCUAGGCAAUGAGCUGAUCUAUUUGGACCCUCACACCACUCAAAGUUUUGUAGAUUCAGAAGAGAAUGGCACAGUUGAUGACGAGAGCUUCCACUGCCAGCAAGCCCCACACAGAAUGAAGAUUAUGAAUUUGGACCCGUCAGUAGCUUUAGGCUUCUUUUGCAAAGAAGAAUGUGAUUUUGAUAACUGGUGUAGUCUUGUACAAAAGGAGAUUCUAAAGCAACAGAGUCUACGGAUGUUCGAGCUGGUCCAGAAGCAUCCACCACACUGGCCUCCUUUUGUGCCACCAAGCAAGCCAGAGGUGACAACUACAGGAGCAGAACUUAUUGAAUCUACUGACAAGCUAUUUGAAUUGGAAGAAGAAUUUGAAAUCCUGACUGUAUGAAGGAAACUGUGGUGACCCUUCUGAGUAUUGAACGUAUUGCUAGUAUUAUUGCAUUGACUUAAAUCAAACAGCCAUGUUAGCCCCGAAGUGCCUGAAAUGACAGAAAACAGAGCACAAAAACCUGGUAGUGUCCAAAACUCCAACAGCCACAGUCCCUUCUGUCAGAGAGCUUCCCCAGAUGGAAAGGCAGUAAAAGAUCUCACAGUAAGACCCUUAAAGGGAACUUCUUUUUAAUGUGUGUCUUUGCUGAAGACAAACGGACUGUUGAGAUUAAGGUAAAAAUAAGUCUGUCUGUGGGCUGUGUGUCUGGAGAAAGGGAUAACACAAAAUGGGUGUUUCUUGCUCUUGUAUAAUGCAAUAGUUUAGUUCUUAAAGCAAAACAGUCUCCAGUUAAGGAGGAUGUUUCUUUCCGUCCCCUCCUGUGGGCUGCAUUGUUGGAAAAAUACAUUGUCUUGUUUAAAAGAUCGACUGGAUCAGAAGAAAAUUGUUUCCUUGUUAAAUAUUUUAACAUGUAUUUGAGCAACCACACUUUAUUACAAAAAUGUUUCUGUGAAAGGAACUAUGUCUAACGUAUAUGUUUUGCAAUAGCCUUCCUGUUUCUGGGAAACCUCAAGAGGAACAGGAGCCUCAAAUAUAUGAUAUCGAUCAUGACCACUGUUAGAGUUAUGAUAUAUUUCACCUUGACCUUAAAACUCGAAUCAUUAAAACUUAGGCUGACUUUUCUUUUGGAGCUAAAAUGAGUCAAAGGUGGUUUAACUGUACCUUAUUUAUUAUAAAAAAGAUUUACACAAGUUUCUCUGUUACAGCACUUUAUCCGUGCAUCUAAUAAAUUUCUUAAGCUUUUCA